AUGCUACAAGCGAAUCCUGCACACCGGCCGAGCGCCAAGCAUCUCCUCGAUCGACUCUCCACUGAAGGCAGUGACGAAGUGAAAAAUGGAAGCGCAGGAGCGCAGGGUGCAGUUAUGCUGGUGCUGCUUUUAGAAAGAAACUGGAGUUGUACCCUAAACUACCCUGAAUGUAUUCUCAUUCGGUGAUGUGAUUUUUGUUGUCCUCUCGCAGAAGGAACAACAUGCCAACUACACCUCUUCUAAGAAUUGAUCGUCUUCCUUCUUCUGCGGUUCGACUGGUCAUAAUUUUCAUCUUGGAGCUGCCUCAACAGGGCAUCCUUCUGCUCAAAACAAAGGACAGCACUCAUCGACUUCCUCCUCCUGUGGAGGACCUUCCGAUCAACCAAAGGAGAACCAAGUGCAGUUCUCUUCUGCUUCAGUUGUUCCAGCGUCUUCAACUACGGGUGCUGAAAAGAACAAAGCUUCUGCCUCUGUUAAGAUGAUGAGCAAGGUGUUACUGAUCAUAAUGUAGUAUGCUUCAUCCGGUAUUUGGUAACCUGAAUUUGAUCAUAAGGGAAAACAAGAAGAGGACGUACUGAUGUUGAUCAUGGGGCCUCACCAUGUCUAAUUCUCUCACCCAAGAAGAGCUUGCGAAUAUCUACAGUGGGAGCUUUUCGGCCAGGAAUAAGGGUAAGAAACAACGUGCUCCAUCCGCAGGUAGUUGUGGUCGGGGAGCUGUGAGAAAACGGCGCCUCAGCGAGCAUCGAGAUGAAGAGAAAACUACUGCUCCUUCACUAGUACCUAGCGCAGAGAUAAAAACCAGGGUGGAGUCUGUGCCGCUUGUCAAUUUAAGAGAUGACUUACGUUGUACAACAGUUAAAUGUUGAGCAUUGUAGGUUUGUAUUGGCGCUUAGAGGGGAAGUGCAGCAUCCUUCUGACUUUUCCUUGGAAAGCAAUGCGUUUCAAAACAGAAGGGGAGCAGCUACUUAUAAGAAAUCGUGCAGGUUAGAAAAAUAUCAACUUCGCUACUUCUCUAUCUAAUUCUAAUCAUCGUAGACGCAAGUGAAGACUCUUCGAUCUUAUCGUUGCGUGGGGAACAAGAGGACAACGCUUCAGACGCGGCAACCAAGGUGGUUGUAGCGGCGCAACAAAAGGGUGGACAGAGACCAGACACGGCACGUCGACCGCCAAGGCAGCCCCGACGUAAACGCACAGGAACAGUCGGAUCCUUGCCGGAAACAGACCAGUCUCUAUUGGAUGAGUCUUCUGUUCUCGCUGAACAGACCACAGGGGAAAUACAAGUUAUGCAUUCGUUUAUGAUUUGUUACCGUCAAAUUUGUUUUUGUACUUGUCUUGUCUAUCAAUGAUCUUGAGUGUGGUUGCCCACGAGCACUGACUUCUACAUGUAAGUACUCACUUUCAACACUAAAGCUUUUUAUGACUGCUGCAGGAGUCAUCUUUUCUUGAAGCCUUCAUACAUCUGGACCACGCGGAGCCCAAAGCAGACGACGUAACGAUAAGUGGAGAUAAUUUGCAGCACCGACUGGAGGAUAUCGACGAGUCUCCUCCUGUUGGGCCAGCUGUGGUGCCACCUGUAGAGACUUAUGGAGGUCAUGGGUCAUGCUCAUGAUUUGAGUUUUCUUCAGGUAAAUCUGAACUUCUUGGUUCUCAGUUUGAUGUUUCCUCUAAGAAGAGCGGCAAAAGCCAAUGUAUAGAGGGCAACCUCCGAAGUCGGCUCGUGGACGAACGAGGUCGUCACAUAACAGUUCUCUCCCGCGUAGUGCUGGAGCAUCUUCGCUCUCCCGGUCGCCGAGAAAACGAGGGAGACGGAACAAGAAAAUAAUUAAGGCUCUGGAUCAUUCUAAGAUUGUUGCAUCACCACUUUUCAGAAAUGAAUAUCUGAUUUAUAAUACCUUUUCGAGAGCUCUAAAACAAGGCUGUCCAUAGUAUCCAGCAAGCUACCUGUACCAGACGAGAUUCCAUGCGAACCACGCCAGGAAGACAUAGAGGAAUGGAAGGAGCUCUUUCGGCACAUAGAAGAACAAGAGGAGCGUAUGCGUCAGCAGAGAGAGGCAGAUCCUUUGUAUAGAAAGUUUGUGAAUUUAGAUGACGAAGGGAAGCACGGGACGACCGUAGAUGACCCAUACGCAACAAAACCGCCAUGCACAUCGCCAGGAUUGAUGAUGUUAAGGCUACUUGGCUUUUGGUUAUAGUUAGGUGGCUCUAUUCUGGUACUUAUAUGUAGAUCUGCAUCAAAGCGCCACAGCUCUAAUGCUAGACGAGGAGACGAAAACCAAUCCGCCCUGCUCUCCUUUUCAGGAUGGUUUCUUCCCCGACCGCCGCAAGAGCCCACGUCGCGUGCCAGUUGUGUCUUCUCCAACGAGUAAUUUUUUGAGUGAACAGGGACUAGCGCAGCUGUCAGUGCAUGAGGAGGUGAUCGCUUUGCCCCCCGGAAAGAUGCUGUCGAGCAAGCACUUGAUCGGCCAAUCUUCCAGCUACCAGGCUCUUCCUAGCUUGCAUGAGGACUUGGUUAGUAAUGCGGCCACCACGCUUGCGGAAAUAGUAACUCCUAAGGCAGUGCCGGAUGACAAGUUUUUGAUUCAGCUGCCCAAGAAACUGAUGCACAGCAAAGCGGUCAAACAGAAAAACUACGAAAAGUUUGGUGGCUUUUUUGCUGCAUCGUUAGAACAAGCAGCACGAGGAGUGGAGAACGUGGAGAACAAGACGGAAGAGGCUGCAGCAGAGGAAGGACCUCCUAUUACUUUAUCUAGGUGUGAAGAUGACGCGAAUAUAGAUAGACGAGUACUACAGCAUCAGCUCAAAAACACACAGCAUGAAGACGAGAAUCCAAUUACGCCAUUACCUGAAAUAGCAGAAGCUGCUUUGCAUGCUGGAGCACACUCUUCGCCAAUACGCAACCCGAUGGAGCUAGCACUUCUCCGGGAAGAUGCACUUGAUCUCGCCAAAACUGAUUUCGUAGUAGAUGGUGUGCCUCCUGUCGUAUCCAAGAAGAACUGUGUAGUAGCACUCCUGGGUCCUAAAAACGCAAUGCCUGGCGGUAGGGGACUAGUCAAGAAGUUAGAACUAGAACCGAAUAACAUGAUAAAUCUCGUUGACGAAAAUGACCAAGAUCUUCGUUCUUCAUCCGUAUUGUCAUCUUCUAGCAGACAUCACACUGAGCAGCGUGCCGGCAGUGCAAGAAGCGCUAGAAGAAAAAACAAGAAUGAUGAGAUGAUGAUCAACAAAAUUAACAAGAACACAAAAACUACGCCAAGAGGAGGUGUUACUUCAUCCACAAAUGCUCCUGUGAUUUCUGCGCAACAAGGUGGAUGGAGUCGUGACAGAAAGACAAGGAUGAGCAGAGGUAGGGCUGUAUCCUCGUUGACAACGAGAAGAGAAGGAAGUCCGCUUGCGCAGGGUCAUUGUGCAAGUGCUCGCAGCACGACUGGAGCAGGAGCGUGGUUAAAACGCGAGACAGAAGCAGAUACGAAGACCUCAUCUCGAAUGAAUCCAACUAGAAAUACUACGACCAAUGCAAAUGCUAACGGUAUCGGUAGUGCGGUGUUGCAUAGUGCCCGACGUAAGCGAAAGUCUUCUGCAGUGGGGCAGCAACGUCCCGCAUCUUCCUCUGCCAAAAGCAAGCACGAGCAAGCAGCAAGCCUCUACGCUUCCACUAGUAGUAGAGCAAACUACAACAACGCUUCUUCUACCUUUACAAAUAAUGCCACUUCCUCUGCAGGAACUGGCACCAGCACCUCUUCUACCUUCACAAGUACCAGAACAAGCACUAGAGAAGACGGAGUUCAUCAUAGAAGAGUAGAGCGACCAACUACAGGAAAACAGCAGCUACCAGAUGAUUACAGAACUCGUUUACUCGAUGACCACCGAGAGGAUACUUCUAGGAAUUCUACCUCACCCUCAGCAUCAUCAAGAGUCCUGCAGAAAACCUGCUCAGCACCAGCUGAAUCCCCAACAGCCUCUUCGUCAACAAGUAAGAGAGCUGCAUUUCGCGUCGUCCUCGAUACCUCAAAUCAAGCGGAUCUUAUGAAUCAAACGUGUUAGAUUUUCUUAAAAAACAUUAACUUAAAUAUUAUCUUAAAUAUUAACAUUAAAGAAGAACGUACUGCUGCCGUACUACGUAUUAUUAACAUUAAAGAACGUACUGCUGCCGUACGUAUUCCGCUCGUACAAUUCAUCACCCUCAUCCACUUGUUCCACUUCUAAUCGCGAUGCUGAGGCAUCUACGCACGUCUCAAGUUCCGAGGAGCUGCCGUCUCGACUCUCAGCCAGCUCUUCUUCGGAAACCGUGCAAGCACAAACGAGUAGCAGUCUUGAUUAUGGCGCGAUGUUGUGUUGAUGUUUUUGAUGUGAUUCCAAACGGCAGUAAGAAAGUGAGUCUUAGACCUUGGCAGAUCUUAGACCUUGGUAGAGCUUUCUAUGUAUGGUGUACUUGAAUAGCAGCUGUGUAAAGUGCUUGAAUAGCAGUGUGUACUUGAAUAGCAGCUUCCUCUAAUCAAUGGCGCUUCUUAACAAUAGAGAGGAUCGCAGGCCUGCUGAUAGCUUGAGUAAGAGUUCAAGCUCUACUACGAAACCCGGAAGCAGUAGUGGCAAAGGAAAUACACGGUGUUCUACUUUCGGGAUUUCUACUAAGAGUAGUAGUAGCUGCAGUAGUUCUAGUUCUAGAUCGUCAGGACCGGUGAUCAUCAUGCCUCCAGUUGAACAACUACCGACAGGGAAUAGUGGAGGCUUUCUGAGUGUUUCCAAGCUCUUCGCAUUGCAGGAGACCGAGCAGGAAAAUAAGAGCACUACUGCUGUAGGAGGUAGAAUAUUGGCAUCUCCAGACUCAUCAAUUAGAACAACUAGUGCGGAGGAGCGCCAAGAACAGAAGACUACUGCUUGUUCCACAGAAGAAGUUGUUGUAAAGAAGGGGCGUUCAAUUACGGCUUGGGAGUUGACCUAUCAUCUAAGAGCGUCUCUAUGGCUAUCUCAAGUAGGAAAGCCAUAGACAUAUGCGAGCUUCUAGAGAUGCCAACUUUCAACCUCUAACUCAACGAGGUCGCGCAGCAGUGGUUUUCACAAGAGUGGCGUUCUCAGUAGUCUCUUGGGCAAAUUGAAUAGCUCGUUCGGAUCGUCACUGCGCAGUAGGCUGAAUCUAGCAUCAUCAAGCAGCAAUGUCGCUGCUAGUGGAACAAAUGGGGGUACGACUGGUGGCUCAGGUAGCUCUACUGCAGGUUCAUGUAGCUCUACUUCAGGUUCAGCUAGCCUUACAACGCCAGCCUCAGCUUCGUCGUCAUCAGGUACGACAACAUUAGGUGCUGGAGGAGGUGGGGGUGGGAGUUCUACAACUGUAACUGUAAAUGCUCAUACUUCAUCUAGAACUGGUUCUGGCAAGCAAUUUGCCCCUGUCGCACCAUCAGAAGCUCAGCCGAGGACAGCAGCCAUGAUCAGACCCGGUCGUCGUGUGCUAGUUGCUCCUUUUGUGGUUACAGGUACAGCAGAUGAGGAGGUAGCAGAUGUUGAAAUUACCGCAACUACUAGUACGGGACACGAAAAGCUGCAGGGAGAUGCCUCUGGGUUGCCUGAUGAUAGUCUGUGUUAUUCAGGGAGUGAAUUCGAGGCCAUUUCUGUGGCUUCGAGUACUACAAUCAACGAUCAUGGAGGAAGAAGUUGACAAGGGUAGUUGGUCUCAAUAUCAUGAGAACAAUUUCAUCAUCAUGAUCCAUAUGUAAGUACUGGCAUUCCCAUCACAAGCAUGCUCUGAUAUGUAAUCAAUUCCAUUCUCAAUAUAGCGAAAAAUUCCAGCUCUCUUCCUCCUAGUUAGGCUUAGGCUCUACCCUGCAUCAUAUAGCCAGAUCCACAUGUUGUUGUAAAUGUACGAGAACAUCGUCAAAAAUAAUGACCCUUAUCUGUGAUUUUCAUCCCGAAGAGCUAGCCAUUUGACACAUUAAUGCAACUCCAAACUACUUCAUCUCUGCAAAUUUUUUCUAGAAGUAGACUGAUCUCUUCGAUCUUUUGAUUUUUGAAAUUUCAAAUGGUGGUUUGUCUCUAGACUCUGUACAGUCAUAGAAAGAUGUAGGAGCUUUCAUUCAAACUAGUCACAAUGUCGCAAUAAUUUACUUAGCUUAGUAGACGUGUUAGCAUAUCCUUCGUAUCUCCAGUCAGAAAUGAAUCAACGCACUGCGUACAAAAGUGAAACAUCGAUAUUUUCAAUCUCUUGGGCUUCAAUAAACAUAUUGCUAAACGACCAGGGCUCGUCUGAUUUCAAUAUAGACUAGAAGAAAACUGAUUUCAAUAUAGCACGAUUCAU